AGUCGGGGUACUGACUACUCAGUUCUAUUUCGGCUGUCAGCAGUAGCAGACUGCUGUGUGAAAUAAAUAAUAAUUGCGGUAUAAUAAAUUACCAGUGUCUAGUUGAAUUAAAGCAUUUAUUUUGGUUGACAUUUAGUACUUUGGUGAAUUUCGUGUUCUCAAUUUACUUCACUUUAUAUUACAUAAAUUGUGCAGCGCGAGUGAAAUUGUUUUCUAAGUUUAGACAGGAAUUUAAAAGGGAGAGGAUGGACUACUCUCGGCCAAUAUGUGCCCUCCUUGCUCUAGUAGUUUUCUACUUAUCACACCUCGCACAAUGCACGAAUGCGAAGAUAAACUUCAGGGAGAAAGAAAAACAAAUUCUGGACCAGAUUCUAGGUCCAGGGAGAUACGACGCUCGAAUCAGACCUUCCGGUAUCAAUGGCACUGGCGAUGCGCCAACGUUUGUACACGUCAACAUGUUUCUACGAUCCAUCAGCAAAAUAGAUGAUUACAAGAUGGAAUACUCUGUUCAGCUGACGUUCAGAGAACAAUGGCUGGACGAGAGACUGAAGUUCAAUAAUUUGGGAGGACGUCUAAAAUACCUUACACUAACCGAAGCGAACAGAGUAUGGAUGCCUGACCUCUUCUUCUCCAACGAGAAGGAGGGUCACUUCCAUAACAUCAUCAUGCCAAACGUGUACAUCAGAAUAUUCCCCAAUGGCAAUGUACUAUACAGCAUCCGUAUCUCUCUGACGCUGUCCUGUCCGAUGAACCUGAAGUUGUACCCACUGGAUAAGCAGACCUGCUCGCUGAGGAUGGCUAGCUACGGCUGGACGACAGAUGAUCUCGUGUUCCUGUGGAAGGAAGGUGACCCAGUCCAGGUUGUGAAAAACCUUCAUCUGCCUCGCUUUACCCUCGAGAAAUUUUUAACUGAUUAUUGUAACAGUAAAACUAAUACAGGCGAAUACAGUUGCUUGAAAGUGGAUCUUCUUUUUAAGAGAGAGUUCAGUUACUACCUCAUUCAGAUCUAUAUACCUUGCUGCAUGUUAGUAAUCGUCUCCUGGGUGUCUUUCUGGCUCGACCAAGGAGCUGUCCCGGCGAGAGUCUCAUUGGGAGUAACGACACUUCUAACUAUGGCCACUCAGUCGUCUGGAAUCAACGCGUCGCUCCCUCCAGUCUCUUACACAAAGGCCAUCGAUGUCUGGACCGGAGUAUGCCUCACGUUUGUAUUUGGAGCCUUACUUGAGUUCGCUCUGGUGAACUAUGCAUCUCGCUCUGACAUGCACCGGGAGAACAUGAAGAAAACGAGACGGGAGAUGGAGGCAGCUGCAAGUAUGGAUGCGGCCUCUGAUCUCCUUGACACAGAUAGUAACACAACGUUUGCAAUGAAACCGCUGAUGCGCGGCACCAACGACAAGAUGCGGCAAUGUGAGAUCCACAUGACUCCGCCAAAGAAGAAUUGCUGUAGAAUCUGGAUGUCCAAGUUCCCGACGCGCUCUAAGAGGAUAGACGUGAUCUCGCGUAUAACUUUCCCGUUAGUUUUUGCGCUCUUCAACUUGGCCUAUUGGUCGACCUACCUAUUCCGCGACGAGGAGGAACAAAAGUGAUUCUCGCGUUCAAGUGGCGAAUUAGGGCAGGCGAUGAAGCUGACCGCCGCCGUGCUUGCGCCCUACGUCUUAUUCGUGCUCGCCUACCUGUGCUGCCUGCGACGACCCACCGCGUCUGCUCGCGUGCGCGUGCGCAGGCAUCGAAUAUAGUCAAUGAAACGUUGAGAUUCCGAUUCUCACAUUAAAUUAAAAGGCUUUCGGUUACAUAACACGUGUCAAUCACUAACUAACUGCUCAAAACAUCUGGUGUACGUUACAAUUUUUUAGAACUUGAAUCACAACAAUUGUUCAAUUAAAUAAUACUGUAAAGGUAUCAGAUUAUAAAAAUAUCAGUUUCUGAAUUAAAAAGCCUUGUUAGUUACACAACCAUAAUUCAUAAAUAACUUAUAAGAGAUACGGAAACUUCCAUUCACUAGCUCUCGUGCAUUUCACAAAAGCGCUUAAAACUAUCCGAAUGUAAAAAAUAAUCAUUAAUAAAUUAUUUAGAUAUAUUUAAUUUCUCUAAAUUAAAUUAAUUUUUCUAGAUAAAAAUGUGUCAAGUGAUACUUUAAGCUUUCUUGAUUUGAACACUACAGAGAGCAUUGCACCUACUCAAAAUUUUGUUGUUUCAUUGGUCAUAAUCAUUACACAUCACGAAAUAACUAAAUUGAGACUAUGACAAAAUUGAGACCUUAGUCAUUGCGCCUCUUUAUAUUGCCCGAAUUAUUCAAUUGAAAGGAUGAAAUUCAAAGUGACACAAUGGAAAUUUUAGAAUUGCCAUCAUCUUUCAUAAUAAAUUUAAUUACUGUGCAAGACCAAUGUCAAAUUAACUAAAAUAUUCUAGUCUGCAAAUAUGGAUAAAACAUAAGACUUGGAUCAAAAUACCUUAGCGUUGUAGCCUACAUGCAAGCACUAGAUUUUACCAAUUAUAUUAUACACGCAUGUAAAUUAAAAUUAACUAAAGAUAUUCUUCAAUUGUAAACUUCAUAUCUCCGUAGAGUAGUUUUUUAACAUACAUCUACAUAUGUGCUUGAAUAACUUAUCUUGGAUCUCGUAAUAUUUUGGGCAUUCUUAGAUAUUUUUAUCUAUAAAAUUUUCAAAUUUCGUCAUUUUUCACCCGACAUUUCGUGCGUUCUAUUUUGGCUGUGACUAUUAUGUAUCCGAAACAAUGCUUUCAUUUACAUUAGAUCAUCCAGGUAGACACAAUGAAGACAAAUCCAAGAGCACUGCGGCUGUAAGCUUGAGGAAGGUCGUUUGUUUUAUUAAGAUUUUGAUAUUUUUUACUAAAAUACCCUUGGCGUAGUGUAUGUUCGGUGAGAUGUAAAGUAAGGUAAGUGUAUAAUAAUAACUCAUCACAUACCAUGGAAAAAUCCUUUUCACAUAAUUACCACGAACUAACGAAACAAAUAUCUAAACGUUAUUCAUGUAACUGUUUAAAGGAUUUUUUCAAAUCUACCAAAUAGAAAAAACACUAAAAAAUUAUUGAUGUACCUUUACAAAGUAAUUAUCAGCAAUAUUUUAGAUAUAGAUUAUAGUUUUCAAUUCGAAUCAGUAACGAUGUGACAAUGCAAACAUCACGCACACAAUAACUGAUUUAACUUUGUAGUAUCCGUAGAUUAAACGGGAGUUAAUUACCUGUAAUUAAGACUAUUAAUCUUAGAUGAUUCUAAGAAAGCAAACUUAGAUGAUAAAAUAAAGGAAUUUAUGAAAUAAACGUUAAUUGUAGCUUAGAUUUAGUGGGGUUAAAAACAUUAUCUUUUUAAUGUUUAUUUUACGGUUGAAGAUAGACAUAAAGCCUCCCAUAGACAAAGAAUAUAAUUGUGCUAUUGUAUUCCACAGUACUGCUCAAGGUAACAGAUUAUGUAUAUUAAAGCUACAUUUUACAUUACGGUUUUGUGACAUAAAAAAUAGUAAAAAUAUGGUAGUAAAAUUAACUUCUUUGAAGUCAACAAUUUCAAUCAAACGUUCGUAAUUAAUUCGUCACAAUUUAAUCGUAUAACUCUCGACGCAUUUUUUUAAAAGAUAGACGAUUCGGCUCAAUAAAUGUUCAUUUAAAGAGAUAAUGUUUUUACGAUAAAGUAGGUAUUUAUGUAUAUAACUGGCCUACUCUACACCUGUGUCGCUCAGUGUAUAUAGAUAAUAUUAAUUAAUCUAAGCUUCUAUCUGUUAUUUUAUCACUCAUUUCUCCGAAUGUAAAUAAAAUUGUCUUUAUAUUGGAUAUUAUAAUCAUCGCAUAUACAUUCUGGCAAAAAGUAUCGGGAAAGAAUGAUUUGUUUACGGAUUCCAAUUCCAUUUUGUUAGUUUAGCGCAACUAUUUCUGUUUAGCUAAAUCAUAUCUAGUGUGUAUCGUCAUAAUAGAUACAAACAUCGAAAAAAACAUGUUUUCUUAAAUUUUGCAUCUUGCGUAAUUUUUCAAUUUUGGAUUUCUAUAAGUUUUCAAUUUGCCAAUAGAAUUUUUUCGGAGGUCCUGGUAAUGUUAUAAUCACGUGAUGAUAAGUAGUACAACGCAGUACUGAUAUUAACAGCACGUAAGUGAAGAAAACCCUCUUUUGAUUGAUUGAGAGAUAGCCACUGAACUUUCUAUCUCACAAGUCGAUACGUUCCAUUAAAAUUAUCAUUUUGGUAUGAAACGCCUCUCGGCUAGAUGUUGCGCCACCUAACAUAAUAAGCCUUCGCACGAAGCCCUCAUCAUGAUCUUUUUACUCGAACCUCAACAAAAACCAUCUAGCAGCUACCUUAUUUACUAGAUAUGGCUCCAGUCAAUUCCUUUCUUUUUAUAAAACUCAAAUUACCAAUAUGGCACUAACCACGUGACGUCGACUGACGUCGUGUCGUUAAUCGUUUGAGGAGGAGUUUAGUUUAAAGGCGAAGACAUUUUGUGUAUUUAUAUUCAUCGUUUCCUAGUACUUUCGUUACAUAGACAGUUACUAGGUUUAAAAACGAAUGUAUAGAAUUUUUAAAAUACACGCAAAAUGAAUAAUUAUGGUAUAUCCUUUAGUCCACUAACAUUAUUGUAAAAUUUUGUCUAUUUAAAUAUGUUAAUAUUAAUAGUGAAAAGGAAAACGGUUUCAACUAUAUAAUUGGCAAGACGUUAAUUAAAAAUACGCUAACGUAAAAUGUGAGAUUCACCUUCGAAUACAAGGAAUAAAAACGUUUUAAAAUCAUUGUUAACAUAGGUUUCCUUAACUUCUUAAACGCAUUAUUUGUAUUUGCAACGUCUAAAUAAUGUUAUAUACAUGCAACUACUAUCUAUAAAUUUCAACAACAUUAAAAAUACGUCAUAGAGUUCUAUGUAGUCCUACAUCUCCGUAUUGGGGCGGAGCAGAAUACAUUCCCCAAUACCAUGUCGGAAGAGAUGGGUGUCGUAAGAGGCGACUAAAUCCGACCGGUGGGAGGGUAAGGAACCCGCCUGGCUAGCUACCACCCCCUGAUGCUGCAUCAGGAGUGCCAGAAGGCCAUAUCAGACCUCGACAAAGUAAUCGAUUGGGUGAUUGAUCUGAUCAAUCAUCAAAUCGUGGCUCGAAAUGUUGAGGACUGAUGAUCGGCUCAGGUGUGAACGACCACGCGGGCAGCAUUUGAUCCAAUGCACUAAUCUUUUGAUUUGAUUUAGUUGUUUAUUUAACGUUUUCGAAGUGCCUUUGCCUUUUUUUAGACAAUGUUAAUAUUUUUUUUAGAAAUAGACAUUGGAUUUGGAAGAAGUAUAUUGUUGGUUAGGUUUCAGUACAAAAUUUUAAUGUAGAUAGGUAGCAUCUUAGUUUAAGAUCUCCAGUCGAAAAUGGACGUUACCUCUUAAAAUACGACUUGUGAUGCGUCGUCCCCUUGCUUCUAUAUUGUUAAUAGUUAGAGUGUGCCUUUAUUUUGUUUUAUUUAGAUAUUUCAUGCAUUUAAAAGACUUAUAAAGUCUUUAAGAUACGUGAAAUAUCUUCUGUGGGUGACAAAUCGUCUAGUUGCAUUGUAAGAGCAUCUUAAGUUAGUUUAUUCAUUUGUUUAAUGAUUUGGUUAAAAUUACUUUCAUAUUGUUGUAUAAGAUACUUUAUUUUCCAAUUUCGACUGGCUAUCGGCCAUCAUCAGUAGGUUACACCAUUCACAACAUCUAUAGACAAAUAACUUCAAAUAAUCAUAAUGUAGACCCGAAAAAUAGUUAAGUCUAGUUGUAAUAAAAUAAUGUUAAAAUCCCAAUUACACAAAUGUAUAGAAAUCAUCCGCCUAGAAUUGUGUAAUAUAAUAUUUAUACUAUACAUUUCUCAGAGUUCUAUACAUUUAGGUAAAUAGUAUUUUAAAUUUCCUUUAGUUUUCUGUUUGAGUUCUUUAUUUUUACCGUUUAUUGUAUUUAUACCCGAUUAUUUUUAUAUAUUUUAUUCAGAUAUAUAUUUACAUUUAAUAUUAUGAUUUAAUAUCGAUUAGUUCCUUAAUUAAUUUGUUUUCUUUCAUUAGUUCAUUCCUGAGACUAGGGGCUAUCUCUAAACUGAUUUUAUUUCAUUUUCAAUUAAUAAAUCGAAGUACAGGAAAGCAAUUGCGAUUUCCUUUACUUUGAUUACUAUAAAUAGUGUAUAGGUAUUAUUAUUAAGUAUAGAAAGUAAGCUAGAAAUAAUUGUAUAUACAUUCAACACAUAUAAGGUUAAGAAUUUUAGAGAAUCUACUGUGAAAAGUCUGAAAAAUCCAACAAUAUAUAUAUAACAUUAAAGCAUAUAUGUAUAUUGCAACAAUGUAGUUAUGAAAUUCCAUCUUAUAUACCUACGUGUUAACCGUAGUAAUAAAAUCGUUUUUAGUAGACGUAAAUCACGAUAUUUAUUUUAAUCGAAUAAAAGUAUUUGCAAGUUGCAUUUGUGAGUAGCAUUAUUUAGAAGAAAUCACGAAGCAGAGCGACUACUUAUGUGUCAAAAACCCUGAAAGCUGAAACUCUCGCUAAAUUUCACAAGACGAUAAAGCAUUUGUAUGAAGGAAAUUACAUAUUUAGUUUCUCAUGUUUUCACCAUUUAUAAGUGUAACUUUGUUAUUAAUGAAUAAAAAUUUGAUGUAAC